UCAAAUGUCACUUUCAAUAUACGUCAUUUUUCUAACCUCUACUUAAUCCUAAAGAUAAGUUUUAGUGCAAAUCCUGACUGAAAAGUGAAUUCUACUUAUUUCAACAAACAUUGAGUUAUAUUAGACCUCACUAGGCUCAACAUGCCGACCAUAUCAGUGAAACGAGAUAGUUUAUUCAAAGCUCUUGGACAUACUUACACUGAUGAGGAAUUUGAACAAUUAUGCUUUGAAUUUGGAUUGGAAUUAGAUGAAGUUACAACAGAAAAACAGAUGUUGAUCAAAGAGCAAGGCGACCAGCAGGCAGCAGCGGAUGUCUCUGAAGACAUUCUGUACCGUAUUGACAUCCCUGCCAAUAGAUAUGACUUGUUAUGUCUGGAAGGAUUAGUCAAUGGUAUAUUAGUCUUCCAAGGAAAGAAAUCUCCACCGCAAUAUAAGUUCAGGAAAUAUGAAGACUGCUAUUCAUUGCAUUUAACACCGGCAACAGCACAAAUCAGACCAUAUGCUGUGGCUGCCAUCUUACGAGGAAUUACAUUCACAAAGGAAAGUUAUGAAAGCUUCAUAGAUUUGCAGGAUAAAUUACAUCAAAAUAUAUGUCGUAAGAGAACUCUAGUUGCGAUCGGAACCCACGACCUGGACACUAUUCAGGGACCUUUCGUGUAUGACGCGUUACCACCUAGUGAGAUUAAAUUCAAAGCACUCAAUCAACAGAAAGAAACAACAGCUACGGAACUUAUGGAGUUGUAUUCUAGUCAUCCGCAACUGAAGCAGUACUUAGGCAUAAUAAAGGAUAGUCCUGUCUACCCAAUAAUCAAAGACAGGAAUGGUGUUGUGCUGUCAAUGCCACCGAUCAUCAACAGUGAUCAUUCCAAGAUCACUUUGGACACUAAGAAUGUUUUCAUUGAAUGUACUGCGACGGAUCUUACGAAGGCGAUAGUAGUACUGGACACGAUAGUGUGCAUGUUCUCGGAGCACUGCAGGCCGCAGCACCAGGUACAGCGCUGCAAGGUGUAUGCACCAGACGGCUCCUACCGACUCUACCCCGAGCUGCAGUACAGGGAGGAGACCAUCAAUAUCGACACCGCUAACAGAUAUAUCGGCAUCAAUGAGGACGAGUCCAGUUUGGCCAGUCUACUGUCCCGCAUGUGCCUGACCACGACAGUGUCGCAGGCCGAGCUGCGCGUGCGCGUGCCGCCCACUCGCCAUGACGUCAUACACGCCUGCGACUUGUACGAGGAUAUCGCUAUCGCUUACGGGUGAGUAAACUAUCACGACUUAGUAUCAGCAAAAGGUGACGUACCUGCCAACAAGCUGACAGAGCAGCUGCGGCAGGAGGCGGCGCAUGCGGGCUACACGGAGACGCUCACAUUCACACUAUGUUCAAGAGAAGAUGUGUCAAGUAAACUAGGUGUGAAGAUGGAGGAAGUCCCCGCAGUACUCAUCUCCAACCCCAAGACCCUGGAGUUCCAAGUGGUGCGCACUGAGCUGCUGCCCGGACUGCUGAAGACGUUGGCUGCCAACAAGAAAAUGCCCUUGCCGCUUAAACUGUUUGAGAUCAGUGACGUUGUACUGCAAGAUAAGACUACUGAGACAGGGGCGCGCAACGAGCGUCGCUUGUGCGCGGUGUACUGCGGCAAGGCGGCCGGCUUCCAGCACGUGCACGGCCUGCUCGACACGCUCAUGGCGCUGCUGCGGCAGCCCUGGCACAGCGACACAGGCUACUGCUUGCGACAGAAGGAUCAUCCAACAUACUUCCCUGGCCGUUGUGCAGAAGUUGUACUUCGCGGUGAAGUGAUAGGGAAGAUUGGUGUCAUCCACCCUACUGUGCUUACAGCCUUUGAACUCACCAACCCUUGUUCUGCCCUCGAGAUUACUAUCGAGCCAUUCAUUUAAACUCAAUAUUUAUAAACAAAUUUAUAUUGUUAC